AUGUCGGAACAGAAAGACAUCAAAGCUAUUUUAACGAGUCCAAAGAUGUUAGAUCGCCCCAUUGAGUAUCACUUUUUUAAAACAUGGCUUGGUGAAAGUCUUUUUACGUACAAUAGUGAAGCAUGGAAACUAAAACAGAAGCAAUACUAUCAGUUUUUCAAUAUGAAAUUAAUCCAAAAUGCACUUCCCGUUUUUGAGCAUCACAGUAAAAAUCUAAUUGAAUCCAUGAAAAAUAAUUCAGGGGUCGAUUUUGAUAUUUUUCCAAAAUUGGAAUCGUUUGCGAUGGAUGUCAUCAACGAACUUACACUUGGAAAUCGGAAUAAUUCGCACGAAAAUCCUACAAAUUUUCAACAUUAUAUUAAUGAAAACACAAAAAUUACUAUAUGGCGUACGCUUCAUCCGAUAUAUAGAAAUGAUUUUCUGUAUUCCUUCACUAGUCAAUAUAAAGAAAGCCAACGAAUGACAAAAGAGUUGCGAAACUACAUCCAAGAGGCAAUAGAAAGAACGAGGAAAAAGGGAUUAUUGACUUUAGAGCAUCAAAAAACCAUCGUAGAUAAUUUCUGCAGUUUAAGUCAAGGCACCCUGACAUUGAAUGAUGCACAGAUUCAAAACGACCUUCUUUCUGUAAUUUUUGGUGGAUUCGACACAAUGGCUUCUUCGCUAGCUUUCCUCACUUUCUGCUUAGCCAAAUAUCCAGAAGUUCAGGAGAAAGUUUAUCAGGAAAUCAAGGAAAAUAUUAAUCCAGAUGAGCCACUUUCCAUUCCAACAUUGAACACACUAAAAUACACGAAUUUGGUCAUAAAAGAAGCUCUAAGGAUGUAUACACCUGCCCCAUCAGUAGCUCGUACUAAUUCGGAUCCUUUCGAACUAAAUGGAUACACUUAUCCUGCAAAUACAACCUUCGCAUUAGGCCUCUACAAUGCACAUCAUAAUCCUGAAAACUAUGAAGAUCCCGAAAAAUUCUUGCCAGAGAGACAUGAUGUUAUCAAGAGCUCAGAGAAUAAUAACAUUUUCAGUUUUGUCUCAUUUGUACCAGGAAUUCGCAGAUGUCGAGGUAACAAAAUUGCAGAAUAUCAGUUGAAAACAUUUGUCAUUAAAAUGUUAAAUUCAUAUAAAAUUGGUUUGAAAGAAGGUUUUGAGCCGGAGCUUUCAUGGGAUGUUAUUCUGAAACCUUACAAUGGAAUAUGGAUCAACCUGAAUGCUCGCAAUUAA